UUUUUAGUUAAUAUUUUUAGUAUCUUAUAACUAAUAAACAACAAUGAAUCAACAGGGAUAUACGCAACCACCACUAUAUCCCGAUAAAACGGGAUAUCCACCUAAUAAUCCAACAUCAAAUCAAACAUGUGGUUGGAAGGAGAGUCCUGGGGAUGAUUUUAAAUUUCAACCUAAUGGCGAUUCAGUAGAUCCCGAGGACUUGCAGCCAAAGAACUUUUCGUUCGAUGAAGCCAGUGUACGGAAGGGAUUCUUACGUAAAGUCUAUCUCAUUUUAAUGUGCCAGCUAAUUGUCACAUUUGGCACAGUGGCCAUAUUUUUAUUCCACCAACCUACAUUGGAAUUUUCCCAAAAACAUCGAUACCUAGCAGUGGUUGCUUUAGUAAUAACGUUAGUGAUUGGAGUUGCAAUGGCAUGCUGUGAGACACCACGUCGUAAAUUCCCCACUAAUUUUAUAUGCUUAGCCAUAUUUACAGCUGCCGAAUCAUUCCUAAUGGGUACGAUAGCUGGCCGUUAUAAAGCAGAUUCGGUAUUAUUGGCUGUUGGUAUUACGGCCAUUUUAUGUUUAUCCUUGACUAUAUUUGCUAUGCAAACCAAAUAUGAUUUUACAGUCUGUGGUGGUUUCGUAGUUUGUUCCAUGAUGUGUCUGAUGAUAUUCGGUAUUGUUACCAUCUUUUAUCGCAACCAUAUCGUUCAUACUAUUUAUGCCAGCUGUGGCGCUCUAUUGGCUUCUUUUUUCCUCAUUUAUGAUACCCAAAUGAUGAUGGGUGGAGAGCACAAGUAUAGCGUUAGUCCUGAAGAGUAUAUAUUUGCCGCUUUAACUCUUUACAUGGAUGUCAUACGCAUUUUCUUGUUUAUUUUAAAAUUGUUUGGCAAAAAAAGUGAUUAAUUUCCUAUGAGUCCAAAUUUAAUAAUAAUAAGAUGAAAUUUAUUAAUAGAAACAGAACAAAUUACGCUUUUAGAAUCUUAAAGUAUUGACGUGUAAAAUAUUUUAAUAACAUUAUUUAUAGUAGAUUUUUAAAUUUGUGAAAGGUUUACAAAACUAAAUUUCCAAACAAAAUUUGUUUUAUAAACCUAAAUCUUGUUUAUUAUAAAUGGGACCUUAAAUGUAUAUACCCAGGAAGAAUAGUAUUUUCACAACUAGUUCCAGAACGCAUGAAUAUAGCUAGUGCUCGUUUGAAUUUGGCGUUGUGAAAAAUAAUUUUUAAUUGAAAUUGUGACCUUCUGAUCAAAUUCUACCGAAGCGUUUAGGAGUCAGUAUACCUUCCUUGGAACGGUUCUGGCAUCAGUUAUCUAAACAAUGAUUUUUGCUUGAAUUUGUCAAACUCGGAACUAGUUCUACAAGUUUUCCUGGGUAGUUAUUCAGUUUUUUUAUAGA